UGGCGGUGGAAUAAGGAGAGUGGCGGUGGAAUAAGGGAGAGGGGCGGUGAAGGUGAAUGACGUCGUUGCUGAUAGUCGUACACGAGCGAUAACUUUUGGCGCAUUUUAGCAGUGCUGUCCUCCGCAAUCGGUGUGACCUGCCGGCGCUACACGCAGUCGGUAAACCGCAACCAUGGCGACUAUGCUGCAACCACAAAUAAUUUUGCUGAAGGAUGGAACGGACACAUCGCAAGGGAAGCCGCAGCUGAUCAGUAAUAUCAAUGCAUGCGUUGCUGUAGCCGAUGUAAUCAGAUCCACUCUCGGGCCAAGAGGAAUGGACAAGCUUGUUCACGACGAGAAGGGUAACACGACCAUAUCAAACGACGGAGCAACGAUAAUGAAUCUCCUGGACGUCAUUCACCCCGCUGCGAAGACACUCGUCGACAUAGCCAAAUCCCAAGACGCCGAGGUUGGAGAUGGGACCACGUCUGUGGUUCUUCUUGCGGGCGAGUUUCUCCGGGAGGCCAAGCCUUACAUCGAAGAUGGCGUGCAUCCGCAGCUAAUCAUUAAGAGUUUCCGCACGGCAGCAAACCUGGCGGUGAGAAGAAUAGGCGGUCUGGCGAUUAGCCUUGAAGGAAAAGAUGAGCAGGAAAAGAGGAGGAUGCUGGUCAGAUGUGCGGAGACAACAUUGAGCUCGAAGCUCGUCGGCGGGGAGAAAGAAUUCUUUGCGAAGAUGGUCGUGGAGGCUGUUCUUUCCCUUGGAGCGGAUGACAGCGUGAAGAUGAUUGGGAUAAAGAAAGUGCAGGGGGGAUCCAUGACAGACUCUUUCCUCGUCCACGGUGUCGCGUUCAAGAAGACCUUCUCGUAUGCCGGGUUCGAGCAACAGCCUAAGAAAUUCGAGAACCCGAAGAUUUUGCUGUUGAAUAUUGAACUUGAGCUGAAGUCGGAGAAGGAGAAUGCGGAAGUGAGGUUGACCGAUCCGGCGCAAUAUCAGUCCAUCGUGGAUGCGGAGUGGAACAUCAUCUACGACAAACUUGACAAGUGUGCAAGGAGUGGGGCAAAAAUUAUCCUUUCAAGGCUGCCGAUCGGUGAUCUCGCCACUCAGUAUUUUGCGGAUCGUGAUAUCUUCUGCGCUGGACGUGUUGUUGAGGAGGAUCUGCAGCGUGUGGCCCGUGCAACUGGAGCUGCCAUCCAAACGACUGUGAACAACUUAGACCCCGAGGUUAUUGGGACCUGUCAGGUGUUUGAAGAGCGCCAGGUGGGGAAUGAGCGGUACAACGUUUUCAAGGGUUGCCCGGGAGUGAAGACUGCGACCAUAGUAUUGCGAGGAGGAGCUGAACAAUUCAUAGAAGAAGCAGACCGGAGCUUACAUGAUGCUAUCAUGAUCGUCCGCAAAGCUGUCAAGCAUUCCAGUGUGGUUCCUGGAGGAGGUGCUAUCGAUAUGGAGCUGAGCAGAUAUUUACGCCAGCAUGCACGGACUAUUGCUGGGAAAGCGCAGCUGUUUAUAAACUCAUAUGCCAAGGCUCUUGAGGUGAUUCCCCGGCAGUUGUGUGAUAAUGCAGGGUUCGAUGCGACAGAUGUGCUAAACAAGCUGCGACAGAAACAUGCUCUAGCAUCAGGAGAAGGAGCUCGGUAUGGAGUGGACAUCAACUCUGGAGGCAUUAUUGAUACAUAUGCGAACUUCAUCUGGGAGCCUGCUGUUGUUAAGGCAAACGCGAUUGAGGCAGCGACACAGGCUGCAUGCCUUGUUCUUAGUGUUGAUGAAACGAUCCGAAAUCCCAGGUCUCAGGAGCCAGAUGGUCAACCUCAAGGUGGGAUGGGAAGGGGAAUGAUGGGCCGUGGAAUGGGUGGAAUGGCUGGAAUGCGCGGAAGAGGUCGGGGCAUGAGGCGACGGAUGUGAAAGAAAGACAUGAUAUCGCGGCUAUAUGCCAGUUGGGAAGUCUUUUGAUUUGUCAGUGGUCAUUCGGAAGCGUUUUUUGCACCAGUUCCCUCACACUCGGGCUGGUGGAGUUCAGGAGGUAGAUAGCAGAUAGAUCGAGAUUAGAUGGAUAGGUAAUGGUGAUUUCUGUAGUUGCAGUGAAUUCAUUUGCCAUGUUUGCAUGGUCCUCUUUCUACUGCCGCUUUGCAAUACAGCGGAGUUCUUAGGUGGAAUGCAGAUGAAAACACCAGUUGAAGAGCGAGUGCAUUGAAGUAAGGUGUCAUCAUUCGGUUUCUAUUUCCAUUUCUUUGUGUUUUCUGACUGUUGCAAGUGCAGCGCCGAUUUGGUACGUUCUCCAUUCUUGUCCUUGAUAACUAGGACGGCCUUCAACUGGAAGAAAAAAGGAAAAUUUGAGAUGAAUUCAGUUUUUACGCCAUGAGAAAAGUUGUUGUGUCUGAUCGUCACACGUCUGAUCACCGGUUGCUGCAGAAGUAUGGAUCGUUAUGGAUGAUGAAACUGACCACCGCUGGAUAUGUCCCAACAUGUUUGACACAAAGCCUGCAUCUUUGCAUGGGCGGUGUGCGUAUAUGUGUGACCGUUGAAGAUGUACGUGCUUUUGGUAAUGAGCUUGUAGAAAAGAGCGCAACAGUUGAGAAAGAGGAGGGGAUCAAAAGGAGCCUUUUGCAAACCGUGCUUGCUGAUGAUGAAGGUGGAAGUGGAACCGAAACUGUAGCUUGGAGAAGAACCUUUGUAUCAUGUGGCAGUGAUAGGGUGCUGCUCGCACACAGCUAAGGCGGGCUGACUCGGCUGCAUUACGCAGCUCUUCAGUGGCAGGCAUGAUCCGUUUUUGUCGUUUUCUGCUGGCUGUCUGAGUGCAAGUACAAAGCAGACGAGAAUCUGUUCGGUCUCCCAAUGGCACACCCAAUUCUGGUACACUGUUCGAAUAAGUACAUAGGGCCUUACUCCACCAGUCACCAAGCAUGCAGAAUGAGAAUGAAUAUUCCACUAGAAGAACGAAAGACGUAUCGCCAUGAUUGUCUUCACCAAAAGAUGUACGGCCAUGAUUUGUCUUUUGUGCAUGUGGCGAGUAGUCACUAAUCGCGCAAAGUGAGAAUGAAUAUUCCGCCAGAGC